AGGAAAUGGAUCUGGCCCGAUCUUUAAGGGAAAAUAAAUUCAGAAUUAAAUUAUGUGAGUAUUCAUAUGAAUUACUUCUCCAGUAUCUCCAGAAAACACAAGCUCUUGUGAUGCUUGGAAUAAUCAAUGAAAGGAUAAUUUUUGAAGUAUCCGCUGGGCAACCUUCAUUGAUUUCUGAUGAUGCGGAUGUUGUUUCUCUAGUUGGAACCAGUAAGGACUUGGCAAAACAGAUAAAUCAGAAGGAAGUGCAUUGGGGGUUGCUUGAAGAUUCAGUUGAGGAGCGUAUGGAGAAAGCACUCUCAGAUUCUGAUAGAGCUGAAGCAGAAAGCAAGGAUGCAGAUGCAGAAGAUAAUAACAAGAAAAAAUCCUCAGAAGGUGGAAAGCAGGGUGGUCCUCUUAACAAAAAGCUCAAAAAGGAUAAGCUUGUUGGGGCGACAGGGAAAAAUACCAAAUCCGAAACAAGCAUGAUUUCUGCGGCACCUCGUGUGAAACCGGAGCUAACCCUUCCAGCGACGCCUGUUGAAGUUGAACAAUCAAUUCUUGAGGACCUGCGAAACCGUGCACAAUUGAAUUACUUGGCAUUGCCAUCUGUUAGCUUCUACACAUUCCUUAAUACACAUAACGGGUAA